UCAACGGAAGCUACUUUUUGUUAACACGCGGUACGUCCGGUCUUUCCAGCAGGGUAGCGAGAGGGAAUAUGGCUAAGAUCAAGGCAAGAGAUUUGCGGGGGAAGAAGAAGGAGGAGCUGCUCAAGCAGCUGGAUGACCUGAAAAAUGAACUGUCACAGCUCCGUGUGGCCAAAGUAACAGGCGGAGCUGCGUCUAAGCUGUCGAAGAUCCGUGUUGUUCGCAAAUCUAUUGCCAGAGUCCUGACGGUCAUCAACCAGACUCAAAAGGAGAAUUUGAGGAAAUUCUACAAGGGCAAGAAGUAUAAGCCCCUGGAUCUGAGGCCCAAGAAGACCAGAGCUCUUCGUCGCCGCCUAAACAAACAUGAAGAGAGUCUGCGCACAAAGAAACGGCAGAGAAAAGAUCUGCUUUACUCUGUCCGCAAGUUUGCUCUCAAAGCUUGAAAUGUUUUCUAUCUACUAAAUAAAACAUGUUAAAGAUGG